AUGAGGGGCCACGCUGCCCUGGCAGGCUGGGCUUGCACCACCCUCUGCCUGGCUUCCUGCUCCUCUGCCUUUUCCCAUGGCGCCAGUGCCGUGUCCUGUGAGGACAUGCAGCCCAAACACCUGGGAGCCCAGCCUCAGCGCCCUGGGACCCACCACGUCACCAUCCACACCAGCAGGUCCUCCUACGCACCAGGUGAUGAGAUUCCAGUGACCGUGAGAAGCAGCCGGGAUUUCAUGGGGUUUGUACUGCAGGCUCAGAGAGAGUCUGGUCAUCAAACAGCUGGCACCUUCGUCUUCAUUCCUCCCCGUUCCAAACUGAUGACUUGUUUUGAAGAGGCUGACACAGUCACCCACUCUGACAAGUCUCUGAAGAGAAACCUCUCGUUCAUGUGGAAGGCUCCGGCCCAGCCUGUGGGGGACAUCAGAUUCCUUUUAUCAGUAGUCCAGUCAUAUUUCGUUUACUGGGCAAGGAUUGAAUCAUCUGUUGUGUCUCAGCGGACACACAGCAGAGCCCAUUCUGAGGGCAGCGUGGAGCCCGGGUUGCUGUUCCCAACCCCCCGGCGGCGGCUGGAUGUUAUUGAGGGAUCUGCCCCAGCUCCCAGGGUCCCCAUGGCUUUAUCACAGUGACACACAGAUGUCUUUGCUGACCCUUCAGCUACAGAGGAGGACGACCUAGAUCCUGUUCCUGCCAGUAUAUGGGUGGCACAGUUUCCUGGGGAUGCAGAGAUUCUGUCCCAACGAUCUUCACGUGCAACUGCUGCAGGCAGCAAUGGUCAGCAACCCAGCAGGGACGGUGACCCAACCUUGGAACCGUCCCUGAAUGUCCAUGGGCUGGAGAGGCUUGUGGCCCUCAGAGGACUCUCCUCAAAGGAAUUUGCUUCUAGCCCUAGCACCCACCAGAGAACUCAUGAUGACCCAGGCUUUGAUUCCCUGGAAACUUGCCUGCCCUUGGAGAAGGAUGAGCAGGACAAUGCAGAUGCCUCUAACAGGACUAUGACAAGGCAUCCUUUGUACACUGUCCAACUUACCUUCCUCCAGCAUCACUGGUCCUCUGAAACUUUCACAGAGAAUGGGGUCAGGGCAGCUGACCUGACCUCUGUCCCAACCCCUGUUUCCAAGACACCUAGCACUUCCAGGCCACCUACUGCCACUGACCAGUCAGAGGCAUCAAGGCCCCCUGCCAGCUUCUUACGAGGGUCAAAGCACAGGGAGUCCAGAGUUGAGGAACAAGAUGUAGAGAAUGGAUGGGGGUACCCUCGGAAGACCAACCCAAGACCUGAAGUUGGGCUGGAGGGAGCUGGGGCUUCUUCGGGCAUCCAGCUUGGGACACUCCAGCUGGGAAUCCUGCUUUGCCUGUCAGCCAUUCUGGGUAUGGCCCUGGCUGCUGGCCUCCGCUACCUGCACAGCCAGUAUUGCCACCCGCGGAGGGAAGUGUCCUUCCGUGAGCCUGUGGCAGACGCUGUUGCCGGGAGUGACAAUGGUGAGGCUGUGCAUGUCAGGAAGACUGGGGAGAACAGUUUUGUUCUGGUGCAAGCUGAAUACAACUGGAUCACUCCUUCUGUGGGCAGCAAGAAAACAGUCCUCUGA